AUGAAAUUGCUAGCCUGUGCUCUAUUUAUUGUGGCAUGGACCACAUCCUGCCAAGCUUUGAUAGUCCCUGAAGACUGCAAUGAUGCCAGAAUAGAGAAGAGUGCAGAGGUGGCCCUGAAUUUAAUCAACGAACAUCGCAAAGAAGGCUACAUUUUUACCCUGUUCCGUAUUGCUGAUGCUCACGUUCAACAUGUGGAAAAUGCAUCCAUAACAUACCUAACUUUGGAUGUCUUGGAAACGCAGUGUCCUGUAAUAUCCAGAAAACACUGGUCAUCCUGUGGACACAGACCAUUCUUAAGUAUAACGGAUUUGGGACAAUGUAAGGCUGUUGUGUAUAUAAAUGAACUUUCCAAAAGAAAACUGCUAUACGCAUACAACUGCACUGUCAGUCCAGUUCCACCAAAACUAUAUGAAUGCAAGGAUUGCCCUGUAAGAAUAACAGUUCUAGAAGACACUGAUAAGCACACUGAAGAAGCCAACAAGAUUUUAGAGACGUACAGCCUGGGGAGCAAUGAGUCAAAUUAUUUCAAGGUGGAGAAAGUCCAAAAGGUUAUCAGCGCAAAUCUGGGAUUUUGCAUAGGAAGAAUUGUUAAAGAGACACAAAGCCCAGAUGUGGUUCAAGUAGACUCCUGUGAAAUCUAUGAUAUUCAGACUCUCAGCAUCUUCCCUCAUCAUCAUCCUCACCACUUCCACCAUGAUUCAGGAGAAAGCCAUCAUCAUUGCAAUGUAACUGGGCAUGAAUGCAGAUAUCGACCAGUUGAUCAUCACCCACGGCCAUGUGGGAGGUUUCCUAAAUGUGGCCACUGGCAUCGCUGCCACCACCAUCAUCACAGGUCUAAUGACACUGCAUAUAAAAGAGAAGAAAGCCAGUCCUUAGAAGAUCAAGAUUCUUUCCAUCAUAGUAGUGUGGGCUCGGUCCAUCACGUUCCCAUUUUGAAUGAACACGAUGUCCUCCAAGCUCCUGGUGCCAACUUUCUUGACCAUCCUUUCACACACUGUGGAACCUGCACAGCUGUAAUUGACAUUAAUGAGUCACAACAAUUUACCUCCAUUGAACAAAAUUGCAAAAUUAAACCAGCUGAAGACAAUAGGAGAUCUCUUGCUCAAGAGUGUCCUGGUUGCCACAGCCUGAUUGCUGCAGACAGUCAAGAACUGAAGAAGCCUCUGGAAGAUGUUGUGAAAUUAUUUAACCUUAAAAGCAGCAGUGACUUUUAUUUCAAAAUUGUGGAAAUAACAAAAAUAUCAGGAAAGCUGGCCUCGUACAAAGUUGAUAUUAUGCUGGUUGGACACGUAUAUCGAAUUGACUUCAAAACUCAGAGAACAAAUUGCUCCAAGACUGAAGUUGAGAAGCCAGAUGAGAACAACUGUACUGCUGUGAAAGGCGGGACUACUGAAUUGGGAGAAUCCAAGAAUUCGGAGUUUGAAGUUACCUUCUAUGAUGACGACGACGAUACUAUUAAUGAGCCCCAGAAUUUUUGA